GCUUGUUGAUGGCGGUGCAGCCCAUGACGGACAGCGUGAGGAACACGCCAGGAAGGCCCACCGGCUCCACCCAGGCCUUGGCAGCUGAAGUGUACAAGCUCCACUGCCCCAUGUGCGGCGAAUCUGCUCGCCCCAAAGUGCGAUGGGACAUGCACUCGUCAAACCAUGGCCUCACCAUGGUGGCGGAUGCUAGCGGGUACGCUGGGCAGCACUCUUCUGUCUUUGCUCGCGUGCGCGGAGGAACCGAGACUGACUGCAUGUCCCACCCUGGCGGCUUCGGAUGCCCUGGACCUCACUAGAGCGAGUAGAGGCGAAGGGAGGGACGUUAAGAGAGGCGGGAUGAGGCGCAGACAGCGCUUCAUUGACCAUGUUUUAUUUAGAUCAUUAAAUGUCUCGGGGAGAGGAGGAGAGAAUGAUUACGACUUGUCGGAGGAGCUUUCUUUCUGAUCGUCCUUGGCCUCUUUCUCUGGCUCGCUCGUAGCCUCCUGACUGGCCUCGGCCUUCUUCUCUUCUGCCUUCUCCUCUUCCUCUUCAUCGUCAAUCUCCAGCCCACCCUCGCCAUCCUCUGAUUCUUCGCUAGCCUGCUCGUCUUCCUUCUUGACAUCUGAGCUCUUCUUGGCCUCGGAGUCGGCAACGCUCUCCGAGUCGCUCCUCCUCCUCUUCUCUCUCUUGGCGUCCGAGUCUUCCUCGUCCGACUCGAGUUUCCUCUUGGUCGCGCUCGACGAUUCAGCAGGCUGUGCCACCUCUUCCUUUCCUCGCUGCUCGACCUCAGCGGCAUUGGCAUGACCGGAAGGCUCCGCGGACUUCUCCUGCGGCUUGCUCUUGUCGUUCUCACGCUGGGAAAGCAGUCAGGGGUUGAGCGCGCCAGCCUCUCCCUCACCUCAAUCGCUGCCAUGAGGGCGUUCAUGGCGCCGACCUGCUCGCCUCCUUCCGUCUUGACCUUCAUCCCAGCUUGCGCCAGACCGCUCAGCAAGUCCAUCUUUCCACCAGCUGCUUGACCUUCAGCCUUCUUGGUGAGAUCCACUGGCGACACGCUCAAGUUAGCCUGCUUCGCGCCUCCCGAGCCCUCGUCGCUCUUGGGCUUGCCUGAGCCGCCCUUGCCUGACAGCUGCUC